UUAAUCCUUUUUCGGUUUUAACCGUUUAUUUAUUUAUUUAUUUUUGUCUACCACUGUGAGCUUUUUAUUUUAUUUUAUUUUCUACUUUUUAAAUAACUUUUUGGAGCUCGACUGCUGUGUGUUUUUACCUGCUGUCCACUUUCACCUGCCUCAUGUCUCUCACCUGCAGCCCUGGGUGUGUCGGCUGUGUGAGGCUGAGCCAGAAAGUUGUAGAGCUGGAGAAGAGGAUCUCCACGCUCCACCAAAUCCACGACCAUGAGCGCGACGUGGACACCAUUUUCUCCCGGACCUUCGCCACCACUGAUGGGGCUCAGCUGGCGGAUGCCGUUUCAUGCCAGCCCGGAGCAAAUUCCAUCUCCGGUUCUCCAAGCAGGCUCGGAGUGCCGGGGGCCUGCACAGCAUUCGCGGCGGAGGAGGAGCGCUGGUUACAGCUGGGGGCAAAGCCGAAAGCCCCCCUCAGCUCCACUCCCUUGCUCCAGGGUGCAUGGGUCAAGGUUGGGUCCGGUAAAGGUGGGGGUACGCGGGGCGGCGGCCGCCGAUCUCCUCCACCUAGCCUGUCCUUGUCCAACCGUUUCGGCGCCUUGGAGUUGGAUUUUCCUCCUCUGCCAGCCCCUGGCCGUGACUUCAAAGGACCCUCCCGGCCGCUGCGGGACCAGCUGAAUGGCAGCGGCCAUCCACGUCACACAACCCCCCAGACUGAAGCUGGGACCCACCACGGAGCGCUGACUUCUUAUCGCUGCAGUCCUGGGGGAGCUCAGCCCAUCACUCAGCAGGUCCCGGAAGGGUCCUCUGCCCAGCUUCAACCAACUACCACACCCACACUACCACCGCCACCACCACCACCACCAACCACUCUCAUCGUUGGGGACUCCAUCAUCCGUAACGUCAGGAUGAGAGGAGCCCUGACCUUCUGUUACCCCGGAGCUACAGUGUUGGACAUUGCAAGACACAUCCCAGACCUCAUCCAGAAACACACAACAGCGUCUCCUGGUCAUCCCUAAAGUCAGGACACAAACUCACGGCGAGGCGUCCUUCCAGUGUUAUGGCCCUCGCCUCUGGAACGAGCUGCCAGAGGACCUCAGGGCCGCAGAGAACGUUCAUGUUUUUAAGUCAAGACUCAAGACCCAUCUUUUUAGGUUAGCUUUUAUCUAAAUAUUUACUACAGUUUUAUUUCUCGUUUCACAUGAUUAUAUUUUAUUACUUGCUUUGCAUGUUCUAUAUGAUUAUAUUUUAGCACAGUUUUAUUAUUUAAAUUAUUAUUUUACUGUCUAUGAUUUGAUUUAUUACUUAUUUUCUAAUUGUUGUCAUUUAUAUUAGCUCUUUUAUUACAUUUUUACUCAUUUUAAUCCAGUGUUUCCUCUGUGGGGGCCCUCUGCCCCGGGAGCGGUGGUCGACUGUAGCUUCCUGGGCGCUCUAUAGGUGGGGGUCUAUGCCCGCCCUCCAAUGAGCGCCCUGACUUAGUGUGGAAGACCUGAUGCUGCCGGGACAGACGGCUCCUCUGAUGGCGUUUCCUUGCGUUACCAUACUUGGCUCAUCUGGACUCAGCCUAAUAUAAUUUUUACUCGUGUGUGUGUGUGUGAGUCUGUGUGUGUGUGCGUGUGAUUGCAUAUGUUUGUUAAUGUUUUUAACCUGUUAUGGGAAUCUGGGGUCAUUUUGUAAAGCACUUUGAAUCACACUUUGUUUGAAAAGCACUUUAGAAAUAAAAUUUGAUUGAUUGAUUGAUUGAUUAAAGAGAAUGCACCAGAGCUCCAGUUGGUGGGAGCGACUGUUCUUUUCUGAACAGCAAAGACAGUUCUUUUUACAUUUUUUUAACAGACUGUUUUAAAGAGAGUUCCUUUUAAAAAAAAAAAUUAACAGACUGUUUUAGAAUAAAACUUUUGGAUCA